AUGGCUGAAGAUUCUGCACCGCAAAUGCAACAUGUGAUCUCCUCUGGAACACCAGUUGCUAAGCAUGACGAUGCAGGCUCAACUGGUUCAGCUCAUUCUGUUAUUUCUAAUGAGUCUGUGCGUGCAGAAUACAAUCUAAAGAUGGCUCAACUUAAGUUGGAGCAAUUUGAUCAGGAAGAGAAACUAAAAUCUGAGCUGUUAGAAGCAGAGAGAAGAAAAGCUGCUGAAUUGCAAAGAUUUCGGCUUGAACAAGAUUGUAAGGAAGCUGCUCUUAUGGCGGAAAUGGCUGAUGUGGAAUCUAGUGAUGGGUGGAAGUCUGUUGACUUGGCCAAUACAGCUCUGGGAGAUGCUCAGAGGCCUGUGGCUGUUGGUUCCUCAAAUGUCAAAAAGAGAUUAUGUAAGAAUAGGUUUCCUGAAGAAUUCAAUUCUACAUCACCUGAAAUGUCAGUUCAGGAAAAAGUUCAUUUUCUGGGAAAUGUUUCUAGACCCAAUCAAACGGUUAGUCCAUGCAAAAAUGUUGACAAUUCAAAGAGUAAGGCUGAAACGCAAUUCUCUGAACAUCUAUACAAAUUGACUCAAGCGAUGCAGCAAGGCUUUUCACUUCCUCGUGCUAAACCAUUAUCAUUUGAUGGCCAGGCAUACGAUUUUCGCACUAAAUUUCAACAAUUAGAACUUGCAUGCAUUGGUGACGCUAAAAGGGUUAUUAAGCGUUUUACUUAUGAAGAAGAUAUCGAAACUGCAUAUUAUUCUGCUUUGAAUGGCCUAAAAGAGGAAUUUGGUCGUCACGAUCAAGUUAUUGAAGCUUAUCGUAAGAGUUUAACUGAGGGCCGUGUACUAAAGAUGAAUGAUCUGUCUGCAUUGCGGGAAUAUGCUUCUGAAUUGAAAACAUGCCUUGCAGUUUUAAAGGCAUGGAAAAAGCCAAAUGCAAUGGAUUUAAGUGAAUUUCUAACUAGAAUUUUUGCACGUUUGCCAGAAGAUCUUCAACGAAUGUAUUUUGCGGAGCUCUUAGCUUCUUCAAAAAGGUCAACGUUUGCUACUUUGGUAGACUUUGCUUGCAGAGUAGCUCGGAUUACAUCUGACUGUUGUGUAGCGUCUUACAUGAAAAAUGCUGCUCGGGUAUCUGAUAAAAUUGCUAAGAAUCGAACAAGGGAUGCAAUUUACACUGCAGUUUCGUCAUCCGUUGACGAUCAACCUGAAGCAUCCGAUGCCGUUCCCAGCUCUACUCUUCCAGAAUGCUUGUUUUGUAAAGACUAUCACUCCAUAUAUAAAUGUGAAAAAUUCAUGGUGGAGCCUGUUGAGUCUCGUCGAAAUUUUGCUCGCGUUCAACGUUUAUGCUAUAACUGUCUAAAGCCCAACCAUAUGGUUGGUAGUUGCCCUUCGCAAAGUAGAUGCAGGGCUGAAGGAUGUGGUGCUCGUCAUCAUACGUUACUCCAUAUUAGUCAUGUGAACAGAAAUAAUCAGUCAGUCCCUGCGACAGUACAUGGGGCCGGUAAUAGCAUUUUUUCAUCUCUUUCAGUCAAUAAAAAUGUUUGCUAUGUUAGACUUCAAGUUGUACCUGUUAGGGUAUUUCUCAAUGACAUGAAAAAAUCAAUUGAAGUGUAUGCCUUUCUCGAUCAUGGAGCUACUCGCUCAUUUUGUUCCAAGUCUUUAUUAGAUAGAAUGAAUAUUUCUGGUUCUUCUGAAUCUUGUUUGAUUAAUGGUAUAAAUGACUCAAGGCAAUAUAUUGGCCACAGGGUAAACCUCAAAGUACAGGGAAUUUGGGAAUCAACGGUUGUGAGAUUGGAUAAUGUUUUGGCUUUAGACGCUCUUCCCGAUUUAAGAGGUUCUUUACCAAGCAAUGAUAUUACUGCAAAAUAUCCACAUUUGUCUAAUUUGAAGUUUUGUAACUUGAAUGCUGAUAAUUUUGAUCGGUGCUGA